AUGGACUGUUCCUCGCAAAAGAGGCAACGAACAAAGGAUAAAACUCUCUCAGCAACCCUGGAUCCUGAUUUUCUUGAUUGCCCUAUUUGUUUCGAACCGUUCACUACUCCUAUCUUCCAGUGUGAUAAUGGACAUUUAGCUUGUGCUUCUUGCUGUCCCAAACUGAGUUACAAGUGUCCUUCAUGUCGUUUUCAUAUUGGCCAUAGUCGCUGUAGAGCAAUGGAGACUGUUCUUGAAUCCAUCUUUGUCCCAUGCCCAAACGCCAAGUUAGGUUGCACCAAGAAUGUCUCAUAUGGGAAACUAUCAACACAUAAGAAGGAAUGUGGCUUUUAUCUUUGCAUAUGCCCUCUAGAAGAUUGCAAUUACACUGGCUUAUACCAUAACAUGUGCAGUCACUUUAUUGCUAACCAUGGGAACAAAUACAUGUUGUUCCAUUGUGACAUCAUCUCUAAUGUUCAGAUCAAUAUUAGCGAUAAAAUAUUAGUUAGGAUUGACUAUGAGAAGAACCUUUUGUUUGUGGUGCAAUGUUUUAGGGAGCCGUGUGGUGUGUAUGUAACUGUGAGCUGCAUUGCACCACCUAGUGGAGAAGUAGGAGAGUUCUCGUAUCAUCUUACGUAUACUGUGGAUGGGAACACUAUGAGUUACGAAUCAUCGGAGGUGAAGAGAAUUCUUAAACUGAGCUCUCAAAGACCUGAAGAGAACUUCAUGUUGAUCCCUCAGAGUUUAUUGCGUGGUGACUCAUUGACAAUGAAGCUUUGCAUCAAGAAUUUGAAGCAAUAG